AUGCUUAUUCUUCUUCGUCUGGCUUCUAUUCUAUUGUUUCUCAGCUUUAUUGCAUGCUCACCCCUCGAAACACGAGGUUUAGGUUCGAGACUGUUGAGAGGUGUGAAGGCUACUUUAUUUUCUGGUGCGGGCACAUUUUAUGAAGUAGGUUCAGGAUCGUGCGGUGAAUAUGAUACCGAUGAUAUGUUGGUGGUGGCUGUCAAUAAGGCUCAAAUGCAAAAUGGACCGAAUCCAAAUAACAAUCCUCUUUGUCAAAAUACGGUGUUCAUUACGGGAAACAGAGGUAGCACCUCUGCUCGGGUAGUUGAUACAUGUCCUGCUUGCCCACAAGGUGCACUUGACAUGUCGCCCAAAGUAUUUGAACUUGUAUGUGGUUCUUUAUCUGCUGGUGUUUGUACUAUAAGCUGGAGCUUUACAUAAAAAAAAAAUCUGAAUCCCAUUUGUUUGUUCCUUGAAAUUCAUUUCCUCGCACAAUUUUCAUAGGCUUAAACCCCUUUUUAUUUUUAUAAGAAAC